AUGCGCGAAGCCCAGGAGCUUUCACAACCAACGGAGCUCUAUUAUGCUCAACCACUUGAGCCUAACGGUCGAUUCGAACAGUAUCGUCAAAUAUGUCUUAGUAUUUCCGGGUACCAUCCCGAGACGUGGCGCCCUUCUUGGUCGAUUCGCACGGCUCUUUUGGCCAUUAUCGGAUUCAUGCCAACUUCCGGUGCCGGUGCAAUCGGAUCCAUGAAUUUACCUGCUGAUGAGCGCCGCAAACUUGCCGCCAGUUCCAGAAAUUAUGUCUGUGAAAUUUGCGGUCCAACGAAGGACUUGGUUCUUCCUGUCACGAGCGCAUCCUCAUGCACGGCUAAGGAAGCUCAGCAAGUUGCUGCACAGUUCGUACUUACCGACCCGGAUGCACCGAAAGAGUCUGCUACACGACCUCAAGAGUCAAACUGCCAAGCGGGAAAUACGGAGCCAAAGGAAAAUACAGCUCCUCAAAAGUUCGCUGACGGCGUGCCUGCUCAGAUGAAUGCGUUUGGUGGAAUGCCUCAACCCGCGUACUGGCUGUGCUAUCCUGUAUAUUUGCCAACUGAUGCUUCGAUUUCGUCCAACACAAGUGGAUGCAGUUCUACUAUUACAAAGGCGGGUUCAGGUGGCAGGUCAAAAACCGCCCCUUUGAGUUUUGAGGAUUGGCUCAAAAAGGUCCGUGAGUCUGCAACUGCGCCAGAUGACUCUAGACUUAAUGUUUCCCCUGGAGGUGCACGUAAGUCCUCUUCGGAUAAGGCUAAUCUAUCAACCAAUCAGGUGCAAGUCAGCGCAACCUCAUCUCCAGCACCUGAUGAUCAGCGACCAGCUAGGAGUCAGGCGAGCAGUCCGACAACGAUAGCCCUGGACGAUGCCUUACCCGUAGUCACUGGAGAGGGGGGCAACACGGCUCUCGUUCAGGAAUCCUCUGUUCCCGUCGAGAUGACCAAAAAACUGCCACCUCAACCCGAACCGCAGCACGCCCGUGAGAGCAUCACUCAAAGUCCACGAGUGAUACCAAUUCCCUCCCAGGAGUCCACCAAAGAAGCAGCUCAACGAAUCCUCAAGGAGGCAGCCGAGAGGCAUAGACGUCGCGCAGCUGUAAUGCAAGAUCGAUUCGAGGGCGGCACCAGGUUGUUUUCGCCCUCGAUCCCGCGCCAAAUUCAAGCUGCGCAAUUGGCGGCCUUCACAGUCGCCUUCCUGCUCAUCGCCCUUCUUUUGCGACGUCUGAUGCUCAUGUCGACUGCUGGUGUGUGA